AUGAAGUCUGCUACAGUGGCCCUUGCUCAGUCCGACCUCUUCCAGACACGCUCCGAGCUCCUCACCCGUGCUGCUCGCGUAGAUCUUGCAUACGACAGGGCAAAAGCUAUAGCAGACACCAUAGGACUUAGCUUCAACGAUAUCCUUAACCUCACGCCCAAGUUUUGGGAGACUCACCUUGACCCAAUCUUUGCUUCCGAUGCUGCUGCGACCACUUUGCUCACUAUCCAGUACAACUUGGUCGCUGGUACCCUUGCAAAGUUCGCCGCCUCGGACCGGCCAGAACUCAUUCCCUUGGUGCAGGACAUCAUCGCGUAUAGAAAAAUUGGCCAGUUCUGCCUCACCGAACUCGGGCGGGGCCUAGACAUUUAUAGAAUGAAGACCAUCGCGACGCUUCUCCCAUCAGGGGAGUUCGACCUUCAUACACCAACACUCAACGAUGCCAAAUUCAUGCCGCCCACUGUGCCUAUCAAAGGCAUCCCAUGCAUAGCUGUCGUCUUCGCCAAGCUCGUCGUCGACGGCGAAGACCGCGGACCGCGUCCCUUCCUUGUCCCACUCAAUGACGGAUACUCGAUGUGCAAAGGCGUGACGUCCAGACUUCUCCCUCCGCGCGGCGGCUCCACACCCGUCAACCACGCGCUCACCUCCUUCACGCACGUCCGCCUGCCCCCGUCCGCGCUCCUCGGCCAGCUCGCCAAGCCCGAGAGCACGCACGCCGAGUUCAUGUCCCAGAUCUGGCGCGUCGCCGUCGGCACGCUCUCCCUCUCCUCCCCGACCAUCAUCGCCCUCCAGGUCGCGUCCUUCGUCGCCGGCAAGUACUUCCAGCGGCGGCACGUCACCGGCCCGAUGGGCUCGCCCAUGCCCAUCAUCGCGUUCCGCACACAGCAGCAACCCCUGUUUACCGCGAUCGCGCAGUCGUACGCGCUGCGCGCGAUGUAUCGAUGGGCGAUGCCGAUUUUUACGGACCAGACGAUCGACGUACGGGCGCGGCAUGGUGUGGCCACGUGCUGCAAGGCUGUCAUGGUCCAGCACGCGCAGGCGGCGAACAUUGCGCUGUCUGAGCGUCUUGGGGCGCAGGGUCUUUUCGAGUAUAACCGGAUAUCGCUGAACUGGAACGAGAUACGCGGGAUGACGAUCGCCGAAGGCGACGUGCUCGGACUAUCAAUGCAUCUCGUCACCGACCUGCUCAUGCAAAAGUACUCCAUGCCCGAACCCGCUGACCCUUCCUCGCUUCUCGCGCAGCACGAAUCCGCGCUCUUCGAAGAUGCUCUAAACGCGUGCACCUCCGCGCCCGACUUCAUCCAGGGCUACAUGUCGCACGUGCAGCCGAACGCACAGCGCAUGACGGAGGCCAUGGGCUGCCGCAUGGCGUACGAGGCCGCGCGCGCGCAGGGCGUGCCCGCGUGCCUCGCGGACCUCUACCUCGUCGCCGCGCUCAAGCUCGACGCGGCGUGGUACGCCGAGAAGGGCGUGCUCGCGCGCGCGACGCUCGACGAUAUGGAGCGCAGCGCGCUCGAUGCGGCGAUGCCGCGCCUGAACGAGUUUCUCGACGAUAUGGGCGUCGAGCCGUAUGUUACGAGCCCGGUCGUCUCGGACGACGCGUGGUCGAGCUUUGCGCACUCGUUGCCUGCGUACACGCACCGGCCGGUGCAGGAAUCGUUUGAGCUGGAGCGCGCUAGACUAUAGAUUCUGUGAUUCCUGUUUUCCUUUGUUCGCUUUUUCGUUUAUUUUGCAGAUGUUUUGGAUGCUUUCAGGAUAAAUAAUGUUAUUUCAGACGCUACACAAAGGUCCACCACAGUAUGUAUCACCACGCAGUACCACCCACUCCUUUCUUCACUUCCUCCGUUACAUAGUCAUCUUGCUUCCCUCCCUUUGGACUUUUCAGCUUUUCAUUAGAUGUACAUGAUACCCGCGUAAUUCAUUUACCACCCAUCAUCGAAUAACUUAUUACCGC